AUGUUCUCUCGAGCUUUAACGAGACAAGUUUCUGUGCGGUUUAUACGCUGCAACAGCAGUCUGCCGGAAGGUUCGACCGAGUUGCCCAUUUGUGUGCGGGACCUUGUUCAAGAUGCGCCGGCAAUAGGCCAAUCGAUCAAAAUCAACGGCUGGGUGAAAUCGUCGCGGGUGUCCAAGAACGUUGCGUUUGUUGAUCUGGUGGACGGCACCACGGACCAGGACGUCAAGUGUGUGAUUCGGCCACCGUCUUUGCUGCCAAAGGACGUGAGCACGGGCGCGGGAGUGCAGAUUGCCGGUGUUUGGAGCCAGGGUAAGGGAAAACAGAGCCACGAGAUCCAGGUGACCUCGGACCCUGGGUCUGCCGUGAAGGUGUUGGGCUCUGUUGAGGAGUUAUAUCCGCUUCAGAAAAGAAACCACACGAGCCAGUUCUUGCGGACAAUCCCCGAGUACAGAUGGCGGGUCCCCGAGGCCGGUGCUACGCUGCGUUUGGGGUCGCGGCUGGAGAGCGCGCUGACAAGCUUCUUCGACACAAACUCGUUCUACAAGACGCACCCACCGAUGGUGACCAGCAGCGACUGCGAAGGUGCCGGUGAGCUGUUUCGGGUCGAAUCUGCCUCGAAGCUGAGCUCCAAAGAGCAGUUUUUCGGCAAAGAGGCGUAUCUGACAGUUUCGACACAGCUACACCUGGAGGUUCUAAGUGCUGCUUUGGGCCGUGUGUGGACGCUCAGUCCGUGCUUCCGUGCCGAGGAAAGCGACACGAACCGGCAUUUAUCUGAGUUCUGGAUGUUGGAGGCAGAAAUCUCGUUUGUCGAGACAGUGGACCAACUGACGCGGUUCUCGGAGGCCAUGUUGCGACACGUAGGUCAGAGACUGCUCCAGCACGGGGAAUCUGGGUUACCGGAGAUUGCAAAAGCCCGCUGGGAGAUGCUGGCCCACGGCAAGUACACCCAGAUAACCUACACUGAGGCCAUUGAUCUUGUACAAAGGAACAGCGAGCUGUUCACCACGGUGCCGCAAUGGGGGUCUGGGCUCGGGUCGGAGCACGAGAAGUGGCUGGCGGGCGAGCAUUUCAAGGGCCCGGUGUUUGUGGUGGACUAUCCUGUGGAAGAAAAGCCGUUCUACAUGAAAAAGAACACGGACGGAAAAACCGUGGCCUGCUAUGACCUGCUUAUCCCGGACAUCGGCGAGCUGAUCGGCGGGUCUGUGAGAGAACACGAUUUGCAGAAACUGGAGCUGGAGAUGGCAGCACGCAAAAUGGAUGCCGGUCCGCUUACAUGGUACUUAAACCUGCGCAAAAACGGUAGCGUUCCCCACGGCGGGUUUGGGCUAGGGUUCGAGCGUCUUUUGCAGUACCUUAGCGGUGCUGACAACAUCAGAGACACCAUCCCGUUCCCAAGAGCAGCCAAUCAGUGCACUUGUUAG